AUGAUGAAAAAGUUCAUCACAGAUGUAUUGGCUUCAUCCAUCCUCAGCUCGAAGGUUCCCUCUGAGCUCGACCGAUCUCAAGUCCUACAUGUGCGAAAGAAAUUCCUGGAAACUGGACCUGGGGCCUUGAACAGGCGAUGCAAAUACAUCUAUGAUGUUACAAGCUUGUUCGAUCAACCAGUGAUUCUAUGCAUCGAUAUUCUCUGUCGACACAUGGAAGGUGGUGAUGAGGAUACAGUCGAUAUUAUCCAGUUUCUCGAGCCUGCGCUAGGCGCCGGACAAAUUCGCUGCCUUAUCACUACUACGUCAGACGAAUUUAACGAGGCCAUUUCUUCCAACGAUCUGUUCUACCCUGUCCUGACGACCCAACCUUCUAUAAUUCAGACAGUUUCUCUCAUUCGGAGGAUGAGGAACAACUUGGAAGCUACAAAUAACUUCAAUAUCCAUGACGAUGCAUUUAUCGCAGCCGCCAAUCUUGCAACACAUUUCUUACCAGAGCAGCCCUUCCUGAUUGUGCUAUCGACGUCAUUGAUGAAGCAGCCGCUGCAGCUAGGAUGGAGCUUCAUUGCGGUACAAAGGAGACAGUUGCGUUGGAGAAACAGAUGCGACAACUCGAGAUUGAGAUUUCUUCUCUGCACUGCGACGGCACCGCGUCGACGGAUCACCUUGCGGCCGUUGCAUACCUGA